AUGAUCGUCGUGAACGACUUCAUGUUCUGCAAGCAGCACGGCAGCGAGUACUGUCACUUGUGCACCUGCGACCACCGCGACGGCAAUAACCACGUCCUGGACCUCUACAACACCUUCGCAGACAAUGUGGAGGAGUCCGGCUUCAGUCUAGAGGAGCGCACGCCGCUGAACGCAUACAGCUACGGUGCCGUCCCGGUCCGCCGCGGCUCCGAAGAUUACAAGUGCACCACGCACGGGACGAAGGACUGCGAGAGGUGCUUUGAUUGGGUCGGUAUCGUGCGCCGCGAGGUACAGGAAGCCGAGACGCAGGAGAGAUGGCUCGAACGCAGGCGGCGGUACUUUGAGCGGGUGGACCGUGACUAG